CGUUGACCGAACUCAAAAGACCUGCACGACAAUUUUUUGCAGCAACCACCAAAAACACAAAGUAGGAAGUAUCCUAUCGGACAAAGGCAAUACUAUUCACCGCAUGCAGAGGAACGCUAUGCAUUCUCCCUCCAGAUCAUCGCGGACAACGGUGUCAUCCAGAAAUCAUAGACAGCGGAGCUGCUGCAGUGUCGCGACGUUCGCCCAGUGCCUCGUGUUCGCUUCGCUACUCCACCAAGGUGCGGAAGCGCGCCUUCACGAUGCCGGCAACCGUUCGAGGCGAGCGUCGGCAUCCAACGAAACGGGUGUCGAUCUCGUAGACGUAGUGAUCGGUUUCGAAAAGGGCGAAGUACAACGCGGCGGAAUCAGUGACUUGGAGUUGCUGGAGCGCGGUGGAUUGCUCGGACUCACCGCAGACGGCGCGCGUUCGGAUUUUCGACGCACCAAUGCCGUGUCGAUGCAGAUUCCGGCUAGUGAAGUGAACAGUCUGCGUAGUACGACGGGAAUCUCCUUUGUAGAGUACGAUGCCAAGGCUUUUAUGCACGAAGAUGAGAUCGUAACAACCCGUGCUACUCAGGAAACUAAUCUUCCCUGGGGGCUCGCAGCGAUCCAAGCCAACAGCAAAAAGAUUCCGUUACCCUCACCCAGUAGCGACUGUUUCAAGAUCUGUAUCGUUGAUUCAGGUCUUCUUGUGGAACAUCCAGACAUUCCGUAUACACGAGGAGCUACGAACAUUGCCGGGGAAGAGUUCAACAUUGGAGCACUUAGUAAAUGGGAUGAACCUAUUGCAAUUGCCAACCAUGGAACACACGUUACGGGUACCAUGUUGGCUACCGGCACUCGCAACCCGAGGGUGGUUGGUGUAAUACCCAACAACCAGAAUAUUUGUCUGCUCGUGGCUCGUGUAUUUGGUGACGAAGUCAACCCAGGUGCCUCCACUUCGACUACCGAUCGUGCGGCGGAAUGGUGUGGAGACAUGGGUGCUAAGGUUAUCAACCUUUCCUUCGGUAGCCCCACAUUUUCGACCAACUCGGCCGCCAUCUACAGAAGCUUGCGAUCCGAAGGAGUUCUGUUGGUUUCCUCGGCCGGAAAUGCACAAGACAAUUCCAAGUCGUACCCGGCAUCAUACUCGGACGUUAUUUCCGUUUCAUCCGUCGACAAAGACCUACAGCGAUUCUGGACGUCCCAACACAACGACCAAGUGGACUUGGCCGCCCCCGGAGUCGGCAUUGUAUCGACCGUUCCCGGUAUGGGUUUGUUCGACGAACUUGGUAGAGAGUACAGCACGGCGCUCAUUGACUACUCUCCUUUUAUUACAUCUCCCCUUACUGCGGGUGUGGUCCAAUGUGGACUAGGCACAGAGCCGUGCAAGGAUGCUGAAGGGCGGAUCUGUCUAAUACAAGUUGGUUCCAACGCAAUAGACGACAAGGCUUUUCAUUGCGAAAUGGGUGGCGGCGUUGCAGCCGUUAUUUAUAAUACUCAGUUUACAACCGCUCCGACCCGCGGCGCUAUUAACAGCUUUGUUUCCAUCCCCGUCAUGGGCGUGAGUUACGCAGAUGGCCUUGCAUUGUUAUCGAAAGAAUCUAUUACUGUCGACCUACAAGUCCCAAGCUACACCGAAAAACGCGGCACCAGCAUGGCCGCCCCGCACGUUGCGGGAGUUGCCGCCAAGAUCUGGGCCGCGCGACCUGCAUGUUCCAAUAAUCAAGUACGCGACGCUCUGGAAGCUACCGCGAAGGAUCUUGGCGACCCUGGUCGCGACGACAUGUACGGACACGGACUCAUCCAAGCGGAAGCCGCCUACGAAUAUCUUCUUGCCUUGCCAGCCCCUUGCGGAAUUGGCACUACCGGUACGCCCAACACGAUCCAAGGCUCCGAUAGUGAUAGCACUCCUACGGCAAGUAGCGGUGGGAACACUCCUACGGCAGGUGGAGGCGGAAGCACCCCUACCAUUGAUCGGGAAACCUUUCUGGCAAACUUGGCCAAGGAGGGGACCCGAUCACAGGCGAAUGAUAAGAAUUCUUUGCUCAAGUCCAUUCAAAAUAAAACAGGCCGGGUCCGGGGUGGCGGAGGUGUUCGUCGCCGGUUCCUGAAGGGUAGCAAGGCGAAACAAUAAAACAAAGCACCGGUGCAACCGUUGCAAUUGACGAUUCCGGCAAAAUUUAGGCGCCAGUGUUUUGCCGGAAUGUUACCACUUAGCGUCCUCUCUUAUUAUAUCCAUAGAUUCUUUCAAGAGGAAAUAACACAGUAAGAUCAUUUUUUCCUCUU